AUGUGCUGUGAUGGAGAAUGCAGACCACUUGGUUUCAUCCUCGGCCUUCCCUUCGCUUUGGUUUCUCUGCUCAUCUCCCUUGUUGGAGUCAUCGUUUGGAUCGUGGGGUUGACGUUGACAUUGAUAUGUCCGUGUUGUUUGUGCGUGACGGUGGUAGUGGAGGUGGCGCUGCAGUUGGUCCAAGCUCCUUUUCUCGUCAUCCAAUGGUUCACUAAACAAAUCCCUUGUUAAUUCUCUUUUUUCAUAGGU